AUGGCAGCUGGUGCUGCCGCUGCUGUUCUAUCCAGUGGUCGUUUCUAUGCAUUGAUUGGCUUUGAAAUUCAUGUUAAACUUGCUACAAAUUCAAAAAUGUUUUCACCAUCAUCCGCAGCUCCAGCUCAACCAACAAAUAGUCAGGUAACACCAUUUGAUAUGGCUUUACCAGGUUCACUACCUUACUUUAAUCGUGCAUGUCUUGAAGCUGGUAUUCGUGCUGCUAUUGGUCUUAAUUGUCAAAUAAAUAAAAUUUCUCAUUUUGAACGAAAACAUUAUUUUUAUCCUGAUUCACCAGCAGGUUAUCAAAUAACUCAACAACGAUAUCCAUUUGCUUCCAAUGGUCUUUUUCAUUAUCCAUUAUUAGUUAAAAAAGAUAAAAUCAAAUCAUCAACAAAAUAUAAAUUUGUUGACAGUCCUAAUUCAUUUAUUGUUAAACAAUGUCGUAUAGAUCGUAUUCAACUUGAACAUGAUACUGGUAGAAGUAUUCAUGAUGAACAUCAAAAUCGUACUUUAAUAGAUUUAAAUCGUUUUGGUACAGGUCUUAUUGAAAUAGUUACUCAACCCGAUAUAAAAUCAAGUCUUGAAGGUGAAUCAUUUUUACGUGAAUUAAAUCGUCUAUUAAUAAAAUAUAAUAUAUGUGAACAAAGUGGUCUUGAAACAGCAGUACGUGUUGAUGCUAAUGUUAGUUUACAUCGUACGGAUACAAAACCAGAUGGUAGUCGUGUUGAAGUAAAAAAUAUUGGUAGUUUUAUUGAUGUUAGACAAGCAAUUGAUUUCGAAAUUAAACGACAAGAACAAUUAUUAGUAAAUAAUUAUCCUAUUGAAAAAGAAACACGAACAUUUGAUACAAAUAAACAUCAAACAAUUCAUUUAAGACGUAAAGAAGAUCAAAUUGAUUAUCGUUUUAUGAUAGAACCAAAUUUACCACCAUUACAUUUAUAUGAUAAUAACGAUAAACAAAUUCAACAAAAAGAUUUUGUUAAUAUUGAUGAAAUUAAAAAAACUUUACCAAUUUCACCAUUAGAAGAAAGACAAGAAUUUUUAAAUAAAUACAAAGAUUUUCUUACAGCUGAACAUUUACAUGAAUUACUUCGUCUUGAUAUGAUGGAUUAUUUUCGUGAUGUUAUGAAUCAACUUGAUGAUAAUCGUCUUCGUCAUAUAGCAUUAGAAGUUAUAUUAAAUGAUGUAAAAUCUAUAUCAUAUGAUGGACGUAAAAUUCGUAAAUUUGCUCAAGCUGUAUCACCAACAUUAUUUGCUGAUAUUAUAAAACAUGUAGAUAAACGUAUCGUAACACGUUUUUCUCUCUAUACAUUAUUAACUUUAUGUAAUAAAAAUCGUGAUUCAACACGACCAUUAAAAUCUUUUCUUGAUGAACACAACAUGUAUGCAAUAACGGAUGAAAAUGAAUUAGAAAAAAUUUGUUUAAAAAUUCUUGAAGAAAAUCCUAAAACAAUCGAUCGUUAUAAAACAAAUCCAAAAAAAGCAAUUGAACAAUUACAUUCAAUUACUUGUAAAAAACAUCAUGGACGUAUACAUGAUGAUAUAGUUAAUGAUACCUUUAAACAUUAUUUUUUGAAAAAUAUGUCUACUCGAUUAAAUUAUUUUCGAAUGAUUUUUCCACGAUAUCAUUCAACAAAGCCUACACCACAUCAACAAAAUAUGAUGGCACGUGGUCUACCAAAACGAACACCAAUUGAUGGUGUUCAACAUGUUAUUGCAGUUGGUUCAGGCAAAGGUGGUGUUGGUAAAUCAUCUGUCAGUGUUAAUUUAGCUCUUGCACUAUCUCGUUUAUCUUAUCGUGUUGGUAUUUUGGAUGCUGAUAUAUUUGGUCCAUCAAUUCCAACAUUACUUAAUUUACGUAAUCAUAAAGCAACAACAUUAACAAAAACAAAUCUUAUAGAACCAUUAAUUAAUUUUAAUUUAAAAUGCAUGUCAAUAGCAUUUUUAACAAAAUCUGAUGGUCCUGUUGUAUGGCGUGGACUUAUGGUCAUGCAAGCUAUUGAAAAACUUCUUCGACAAAUUGCAUGGUCUCCAUUAGAUUAUUUAAUUGUUGAUUUACCUCCUGGUACGGGUGAUAUACAAUUAUCUUUAGCACAAUUAAUACCAUUAUCUGGUGUUCUUAUGGUAACAACACCACAAGAACUUUCCUUAGUUGAUGUACGAAAAGCUAUUGAAAUGUUUCGUCUUGUUCAAGCACCUAUACUUGGUAUUGUAGAAAAUUUUUCUACGUAUUUUUGUCAAAAAUGUGGUCAUGAAGAAAAAAUUUUCGGUGAAAAUGGUGGUGAAUCAUUAGGAAAAGAAUAUCAUUUGAAAAUAUUGCAAUCAUUACCCAUUGAUAUUUACUUUCGACAGGCAUGCGACGAAGGUCGUCCUAUUAGCGAAAAAAACGAUACAAUUUUAUGGUCAAAAUUUAAUAAUUUAGCAAACGAAAUUGUAAAACUAUUGCCUACUGACAGAACAACAAUAAUAUAA